AUGUCCUCGGCGAGACGAAAGACACCGGCAUCUGAGCUGGCGAAAGCUAUAAGCCAAUCCAAACAGAGUCCAAGUGUGUAUCUCCAGCCACCAAAGCCGUCGCAUGUUGUCCCGACGCAGGAGGAGUUAGGGCGAAUGGGUGUGCGAGGAGCCCCAAAGCAACCAGACAUAAAGAGAACGCCACAGUAUAAAUCUGCCGCUCGGAGAUGGACCAUGACUAUAGUUGCGCUACCCAUCCUAUUAUACACAAGCUAUUCGUUAUACCAACGAGUCUUCAAUGGAAAGUCUCCCAGAGGCCUACCCGGGGUAAAUGAAUUCAGCUCUCAGGCCGUAUAUUCUUCAGCAGGGAACCCGAAAAAAUCCAACGACUGA